AUCGAUUUUUAGGCACCUGGAUGGAUUUAUUGUUGUUAUUUUUUGUUGGCACUUGAUUUGAUUUGAUCUGUCUUCAACGCUAUGAUAUAGCAGUUUAUGUUCAGUUACUAAGACCUUCUAAUGGCGCGAAAUGUGCUAGAGAGCAGCCUUAUGGGCGCUGGCUUCAGUAUUAUCUUUCAGAUACUGUGCCGCAUCCUUACGUUCGGCAUCAAUGCCUAUAUUGUGCGCAAUGUAGGUCGCGAGGUGUUGGGCAUUAUGAAUGUGCGCCUGCUGCUGCUCGAGAGCACGUUACUCUUCUUGUCCCGCGAGGCCAUCAACCGGGCGGCGCUGAGCGCCAACUCUCAGCAGCGCGAGAAGUGCUCUUGGGCGCAGUUGAUCAAUCAGAUGUGGCUUACCGUACCCAUUUGCGCAGCUCUAUGCGCUCCCUGUCUCUACAUUUGGUUGUACUGGCUCUCAGCAGUGGAUGCACCCUAUAGCGCACAAUAUGAGUUCGCUUGCUAUGCAGUGGCGUUGUCCUGUGUCUUGGAACUGAUUGCCGAAUCGACUGUGUUUGUUGCUCAAGUCUUUUGCUUUGUCAAGUUGAAAAUUGUGCUUAAUACGCUGCACAUACUGGUGCGUUCGGCCAUCUUCUUGUGGAUUGUCACAGGGGAUCGGAGUGCGGCCAUUACUGCGUUUGCCAUUGCCCAAUUGGCCAGCGCCAUGACCAUUGUUCUGGGCCAAUACGGAUUCUUUAUGUUCUACAUUAAUAGAUUCAAUGAUUUCAAACUACGGCAGCAGCAAGCGCGAAAGAACAAAGCUGCCCAAGCUCUAAGUUCCUGGCAACGUUCGCUUUUUGAGCAUAUGGACGAUUUUCCAUUCACCAAACUCACCCAGCUGCUUCCAGGUGUGUUGAGCUGUACCGGCGGCGAGGCAUUGUUCAACAGAGAGCUGCAAACGCUAACACUCAGCUUUGUGAAACAAGGCGUACUCAAGCAGAUCCUCACCGAGGGCGAGAAAUACGUAAUGUCUGUGUCGCCGGUGCUCAGUUUUGGUGAGCAGGCCACCUACGAUGUGGUGAACAAUCUUGGCAGCAUGGCGGCCCGUUUCAUAUUCCGACCCAUCGAGGACAGCGCUUAUUUCUACUUUACGCAGACAAUCGCUCGGGAUACACGUCUCAACAAACAGCCGCCGGAACGGGUACGCCAGGCGAGCAGUGUACUCAACAAUCUGCUGCUGGGCGUUAGCUCAAUUGGUUUGCUGGCAUUCACCUUUGGCCAAAGCUAUUCGCACACACUACUGCUGCUGUAUGGCGGCGAGGAUUUUGUUGCCGGUGGCCUGCCACAGCGUCUGCUGCAAUGGCAUUGCCUGGCCAUCUAUCUGCUGUCCGUGAAUGGCAUCAGCGAGGGCUAUAUGUUUGCGACCAACACCAGUCGAGACAUCGACAAGUACAACUACCUGAUGGCCAUAUUUUCAAUCAGUUUCCUUAUACUGUCGUACAUUUUGACGGGCAUAUUCGGGCCGGUCGGCUUCAUCUUUGCCAACUGCAUUAAUAUGCUGGGACGCAUCUUGUAUAGCACCCGAUAUAUAAGGCAUCAGUAUCAGCCGCUCGGCUUGAAUCCGCUCCAAGGACUGUGGCCUGGCAAACUAUUUGGUGGCACGCUCCUUCUAGCCGGCCUGGCCUGCUACUGGUAUCGUGAUGCUGUCUUUGGCACGCAUAUGGGCAUUGGUUUGGGCACAGGGAUUCUGUGUCUGAUUGCCUGGGCUCUGGCACAUCGGGAUCUGAUGCUGCUAGGCUGGAAAUAUGGUCGUCGCAUCAAGAUCGAAUGAUGUUGAAAAUUGAAAUUAUUUGUUUUCCUUUGUUGCUAAUGUUACUUGAGCUCUACUUCCUAACCUGAGGCACAAUUUUCGCUUCUAUGAAUCGCACAUCACGUUGGACAUACGUAAAUAUAUAUACUUAUCUAUAUAUUUAUAUAUAGUUGAAAAUAAAAUAAAUUUUAGUUAAG